CCCUCAAACAAGUACCAGCCCAAAACCCUAAUCCGAUCCCAUUUACUCGCGCUCGCGCCCCUUCCGCCCUUCGCGCCGCCGCUGCAUUCCCAAACAACCCGACUGCCGUCGCCGGAGACAAACACCUCACCGCCGCCAUGGGGCGUAUGCACAGUCGCGGGAAGGGUAUCUCGUCGUCGGCGCUGCCGUACAGGAGGACUCCCCCGACCUGGCUCAAGACCGCCUCCUCCGAUGUGGACGAGAUGAUCACGAAGGCUGCGAAGAAGGGUCAGAUGCCGUCACAGAUCGGCGUCCUGCUCCGUGACCAGCACGGCAUUCCGCUCGUCAAGAGCGUCACCGGCAGCAAGAUCCUCCGCAUCCUCAAAGCCCAUGGGCUGGCGCCGGAAAUCCCAGAGGACCUGUAUUUCCUGAUCAAGAAGGCUGUGGCGAUAAGGAAGCACCUGGAGAGGAACAGGAAGGACAAAGACUCCAAAUUCAGGCUCAUUCUUGUCGAGAGCAGGAUCCACCGCCUCGCCCGCUACUAUAAGCGCACCAAGAAACUUCCUCCCACCUGGAAGUACGAGUCGACCACGGCAAGCACUCUGGUGGCCUAAGUCAUCAUCCGGCGUGCUCUUAGCUGCGUUUGGGGCUGUUCCUGCAAUCAUUUUAUGUAACGCUUUAUGAGUUUAGGGCCAAGUAGAAACUGCGAAUGUCCUAUGUUUACCUGGAGAGUGGCGUAAACCCUUUUUGGUUCCGCAGAUCUGCCUGUUAUACUUUUGCUACUAUGCAUCCAGAUUUUGUCAGCUACAAUUAUCAUUUACAUUGAAUUGUUCAUCGCUACCUAUUUGCUGUC